AUGGCGGGAUCAAAACCGACGGGCGAAAAGCUCGCGAGCGACGACCCUCCCGAGAUCCGACGCGGAAGCGUCGUCUCGCAGAAUGAGAUGGUGCAAGCCGGCUUGAGCAGCGAGGACGACGCCGCGGUUCUUGCUAGGCUGGGGUACAAGCAAGAGUUGCGUCGCAACUUCACCUUGUUUGAGGUCUUUGGUAUCGCAUUUUCGAUCAUGGGCCUCCUGCCAUCUAUUGCAAGCACCCUCGCGUACAGCAUCCCCGCGGGGCCCGUCGGUCUUGUUUGGGGCUGGUUUCUCGCUUCAAUGUUCAUCUUUAUCGUUGGCUUGGCCAUGGCAGACUUGGGUUCCGCAAUGCCCACAAGUGGAGGACUCUACUGGUGGACCCAUUUCUUCGCAAGUCCAAAGGCGCGGAAUGCCCUCUCCUUCCUGGUUGGCUACUCGAACACGCUCGGCUUGGUCGGAGGUCUCUGUUCGAUCGAUUACGGUUUCAGCCUCAUGUUCUUGUCCGUGAUCGUGAUAGCAAAGGAUGGAACGUGGACUCCCAGCUACGGCGUCAUCUACGCCGUGUUCUUGGGAUGCGUUUUGUGCCAUGGUGUGAUAGCCAGCAGCUUUUCCAAAAUCAUGGGUAAACUGCAGACUGUGUUUGUCGUGGCGAACUUCAUCCUCAUUGCUGCGACAAUCAUCGCUUUGCCUAUUGGUCGCCGACAUCAACGUAAUGAUGCACAUUACAUCUUCGCAGAGACUGCCAAUCUUACAACGUGGCCAGCUGGCUGGGCGUUCAUGCUUUCCUGGCUAUCUCCAAUCUGGACCAUCGGCGCGUUCGAUUCUUGUGUACAUAUGUCUGAGGAGGCUUCAAACGCGACACGUGCUGUCCCAUAUGGCAUCCUCAUGUCAAUCGGCUCAUGCUGGAUCAUCGGUUGGAUCCUCUGCAUCGUCAUCGCAGCUUGCAUGAGCCCGGACCUUGAGUCCCUUGUGGCAUCGCCAUUCGGUCAGCCAAUGGCACAAAUCUACUAUGAUGCCAUUGGGAAAGGAGGAGCCAUUGGCCUGAUGACCCUCUUGUUCAUUGUCCAAUUUCUGAUGGGCGUUUCAAUCACCGUGGCGGCAUCUCGUCAGUCAUGGGCAUUUUCUCGCGAUGGCGCCCUGCCAUUCUCUAGCUUUUUCCGUCACAUCUCAAAGCGCUUUGGAUACAUUCCGUUUCGCACUGUUUGGGGAUGCGUUUUUCUUGCUGCAGUUUUGGGUCUACUUUCCCUCAUUGCUCCAGCAGCUGCGCAGGCGCUCUUUUCGCUUGCCGUCGCAGGUAACAAUGUCGCCUGGGGGGUGCCAAUAUUCUGCAGAGUUGUAUGGGGCCAAAAGAAAUUCAAACCUGGUCCAUUCUACACGGGAAAGCUAAGCGUCCCCAUUGCCUGGACAGCUAUCAUCUUUUUGGUUUUUGGCACGUUGCUUAGCAUGUUCCCUGUUGGCGGUCCAAAUCCGACCCCACAGAGCAUGAACUACACAGUGGUGAUCAACUCGGCGGUUUGGGGUGGCGCUCUGCUUUACUACGCCAUCGAUGCACGAAAGUGGUUUACAGGUCCGAAGAUUACGCUUGAUGUUAGCGAAAUCUCAGAGGCACAGGAGAAAGCUAUUCAGGAAGAGGGCUUAGAUGUUAAUCUGACUGGUGCAAGCAACACUCCAGCCAACGCAGAAGUCACCACGGAGAAGGAGAAGGGCGAGAUUGUCUGAGAACGGGAAGAACUCGUCUGAAGAAACUGAC